CACAUUAUCUAUUUCCAUCUCAACACCUCCAACAAAAACUUACAAAAAGAAAAAAGAAAAAAAAAAAAGAUGAGAUCGAUCACAUGUAUCAUUGCCUUGUCUUUCCCUUGCACUCUGCCACAUGGUUUGCAAAUGAUCGGAACACAGCACAGAAUGCUGGCAGUUUCCGGAAAUUGUUGAGAUCGAAUACGAGGGACAAAGAUGCAAGCAUACAACCAUAAACAAGAUAAUGGAGAUUGAAUCUAUGGAAGCUGAGCAAGCUGAAAAUGUUUCUGAGAAUGCGAGCGACAAGAGCCCUUCCUCAUCUUCCUGCAAUGGUAAUGACGGAGCAGCAGCUCCUUCAUCACCAAAGAAGAAGCAAGUUUCAGACAUGAUGAAGGAGAGGUUUUCCAAGCUACUCCUCGGCGAAGACAUGUCCGGCAGCGGAAAGGGUGUCUCCUCUGCUCUCGCCUUGUCCAACGCCCUCACCAAUCUCGCUGCUUCUGUAUUUGGAGAACAAUCGAAGUUAGAGCCAAUGUCUGAAGAGAGAAAGGCGAGGUGGAAGAGAGAAGUGGACUGGCUUGUGUCUGUCACAGAUCACAUCGUCGAAUUCGUUGCUUCUGAGCAGAAAGGGAAAGAUGGAACAAACAUGGAGAUAAUGGUGACACAACAAAGAAAAGACCUCCUAAUGAACAUCCCAGCUCUGCGCAAGCUUGACACCAUGCUCCUUGACACACUUGAUAACUUCAAGAACGAGCAACAAUAUUGGUAUGUCUCAAAAGAUGCUGAGGAGUCUGAGAAAGGGGUUCAGAGAGGAGACAAGUGGUGGCUUCCUACAAUCAAGGUUCCACCAAAUGGCCUCUCCCAAGACUCGUGCGUCUUCAUGCAGAAGCAGAAGGACGCUGUAAUUCAAGUGCUCAAAGCAUCCAUGGCCAUCAAUGCUCAGAUUUUAUCAGACAUGGAUGUCCCUGAACCCUACCUGGAAACUCUUCCGAAGAAUGGGAAAUCAUGCCUAGGUGAUUCAAUCUACAAAAGCAUAACUGAUGAGGUGUUUGAUCCUCAACAGUUUCUAUCAACCCUGGACUUGUCAUCUGAAAACAAAGUGGUUGAUAUCAACAACAGAAUUGAGGCAUCAAUUGUGAUAUGGAAGAGGAAAAUGAAUAACAAGGAUAACAAGACUUCAUGGGGUUUCACUGUAAGCACGGAGAAGAGAUGUAUGUUUGAGGAGAGAUUAGAGACAAUCUUGAUCCUAUUGAAGCAUCAGUUUCCUGGCCUUCCUCAAUCGUCACUUGAUAUCACCAAAAUCCAGUACAACAAAGAUGCAGGGCUAGCGAUCCUCGAGAGCUAUUCAAGAGUGCUGGAGACCUUGGCCAACACGGUUAUGUCACGUAUAGAUGAUGUUCUGUAUGCUAAUACUAUGGCUCGAGAAUCUGGCACGGGGGCUACGAUGUUGCCAAGGAAGAGCAACGUCAUGAGCGCAGGAGACGAGUCGGCGGAGAAGAUGAGUUGUGGUAUAAACACACCAAUGUCAAGGACAAUGACACUCUCAGAUUUCAUGGGGUGGGGAGUUGAGCCUGAAAAAUGUAGUUUUGAUGUUUGAGGAUGGAAAACUUUGUCACUCAUCUUCAUGUGCAUAAGAUGAAGCAUAUGACAAAAGAUAAGGAGAUGUUGAUUACCUGAAAAAAUGGUUUCUGUAUUCAAGAUUGUUAUAAUUGCAAAAAUGUCUCAUACUACUACUACUUAAGGGUGAAGUGAAAUUAGAAUUGUC